AUGAAGACUGAACCACAACAACACGGCAGAGGCAAUUCCACCUUUGUCAGAACCAGAAAUCAAAACCAAGAUAUACCUCUCAGCGCCAGUAAGAUUAAGAAAAGAAUCAGAGAUGUCAAGCGUACUUUAUCAAAGGGCGGAAAGCAUGUUUCUGCUCAAGUUGUUACCGAGUCAAAAAGACGCUUACGUGUGUUAGAGUUUGAAUUAGGAGAGAAAAUCAUUGAUGAAGUUGAACGUGCUAAUGCUACUAAAUACCACAAGGUCAAACAUUUUGAACGCAAAAAGGCCGAAAGAAAAAUUAAGCAAGCUAGAAAUGCUUUAAGAGAAGAAAACGAUGAAACCAAAAAAGCAGCUCUUCAACAAAAAUUGGAUGAAGCUGAAUUGAAGUUAUUAUAUGUCUCACAUUUCCCCAAGACACUUUCAUACGUAUCCCUUUUCCCUGCCGAAAAUGAAAACGACAAGAAAAGUCAUGCUAGAAGAGAAGCCAUUUUGAAGGAUAUUAAAGCAUCAUUAUUGGCCGGAGAUAAAGAUUUACAAUUAAUGAAUAAGAGAUAUCGUAAUGAAUAUAAACAAAAGUUGAUUGAGAGAGGAGAUAUGCAACCAGACGCACCUGUUGAUGAAGAGUCUGAUCUUGUUACUGAAGAAAAGAAAAUAAAGAUGGAAGAAGAGAGUAGCGACGACAGUAGUGAUGAAAAGGACGAUUUCUUUGAAAAGGCUAAAUAA